CUGAUAAACGCCACGCGCCCCCUUCCAUCGAGAAACCCAACAAACUAAUUACCCUUUCUUAUCCUUUCCGACAAACUAGUGACAAAACAUUCAAUAAUAAUCUUCCCAAAUUCCCAAUUCACGUUUUACUCGUAUUGUUCGAUGGAAUCGAAAGAUGGGGUGGUGGAAAUAGACCGCCUGGAACGGGACUUAUUGCUGCCAGGCGCCGGUUCAAACAGUGGCUCUGAACCGCCUGACAAUCCUAAUGAAGAAGAAGAUGAACCAGUUCUCUACACAGCGUCGUUUAAGGAAGCCGAAGAGAAAUUCGUGAAAUACCAAACGGUUCAAUGGGUUUUGUACUCGUUGCUUUUGAUACUGGCAUGGGGCAUCGGUUUGUUCAUGUUGCUUUAUUUGCCGGUCCGGCGUUACAUUUUGCGGAAAGAUAUCCGGUUUCGUAAACUCUACAUCACUCCCAAUGCCAUUGUUUACAAAGUUAAAAGGCCGGUGCUGAUUCCCUUUUUGGGGGUUUUGAAGAAAGAGAAGUAUGUUCUACUACCUUCAGUUGCUGACGUUGUAAUAGAACAAGGAUAUUUACAGUCCCAAUUUGGUGUAUACUCUAUUAGAAUCGAAAACAUUGGUGUGAGAAGGCCCUCAAGUGACGAUGUUCAUAUCAAAGGAGUUGCUAACCCUCAUGAUUUCAGAAACGCUGUACUUACGCGCCUAUCUAGCAUGAGAGAGGAGGUUUUAUCUAGACAAGUUUCUGCUAUUGAAGAUGUUCCAACUUCGAGGAUUAGUCAUUCGCCAGUUCCUUUGAUGUCCCCUUCAAAACCUCCGAGGCCUGAUUCAUUAACAAUUUCCGGCGAGCUGGCAAUCUUGCAAAAACUAGAGGAGGUUGGCAGUUCAGUAAAGAGAGUUCAAACUUUAAUUGAAGAGCAGAACCCUCGAGCGUCAGAACCAGUGGAUUGAGAGACUGGAUGCAGGAAGCUAAUUGGAAAUGGCCUGUGAGUGAUCUGUUAGCAGAAGGAUGCUCUGUUUAAUUUCUGCCACAAAUCUAUGUAAUAUGAUCUUCCCAUGUGUGUCUCAAAUUCAAACUGCAUGAUGGUUGGCAUCAUCUCUUUUUUUAUUGUUGUAAAUAGAGAGGUUAAUAAACAAUCUGUUCGUAUACAAUCAUGCUUUUAUGCCACGCUAAGGUGAAGGUUUGACCAGUUCCUUCAUAUGUUGUGUUUAAGCAGCAAAAGGCUCAGCAACCAUCCCGGGUUUGUGACAUAGUUACUUGAUGUAAGGAUUUUACUAGAACCAACUUCUUGGAUAUAUACUUUGCGGGAAAAGGCAUUGACUUUAAUAAUGUUUUGGCUUAAUUUUACAACAUGAUUUAGUUCUGACAAUGUGGUGCCAUAUCAGCUAAGCUGGAUCUUGAAUUGCUCAACUUCUGAAGCUAUUACUGAGCUCCAUCAAUCUCUUGGGUAGAGGAGAUAUGUUUUCUUGUGUCUUCUUCAAUAGUAAGUGGACUGCUAAGCUUAAAUGGAAGAAAAGACACCAAACCUACUUUAUGUGUUUUGUUGACUAACUUUACUUUUGUGAUGGAGGAUGGUGCUUUGUUUCUGCGAAAGAAUUUUCUUUAUUAAGCAAAUGCAUCUUGUUAGUGCAGACGCUGAUACUUCAGCUUGCUGCUACUUUAUUUUCCUAUUAUGUCACACAAGCGAGUUUUA